UACCGGGGGAGCAGGUUAAUUGCAGGAAGUGGAUUGCAGGAAGCUUGAAAGGUUGUACUAGAAAGUAAGGUAAUUCCAGACUGUCAAUAUUGAAGUAAAAAAAACGACAUAAUGAUGAGUGGGGUGGUGAAUUUUAAAAACUGCGGCUCUGUGCUGAUAACGGGAGCAAACCGCGGACUCGGGCUGCAGAUAGUCGAAAGUCUGGCGAGUGGAGGUUUCUCACCGGGCAAGAUUAUAGCCGCGACCAGAAACAUCACCGGUGCGCAGAAACUUCAGGAACUGGCUACGGAAUACUCCAACGUCCACACUGUGACUUUGGAUGCAGUGAAUCAGGAGAGCAUAGAGAAAUGUGCUGAAGAGGUGGGUCAGCUGCUAGGGCAGGAGGGUCUUAACUGCCUGAUUAACAACGCAGGGAUCAAUGUGGCGGCCGACUUCCAUUCUGUCACUGCAGAGAAGAUGAUAGAAAACUUCCACACCAACGCUGUUGCUCCAUUGAUGAUAACAAAGGCCUUCCUGCCUUUGUUGAAGAGGGCUGCAAGCAGAGGAGGGUUAGGAACAAUGGGAAUCCAGAGAGCAGCAGUUAUUAACAUGACGUCUCUGCUGGGGUCUGUGGAGCUUAACUGGGGCGAGGGGGCCAACAACAUCAAAUGGUACCCUUACAGAACCUCCAAGAGUGCUCUGAAUAUGGUCAGUCGCUGCAUGGCUGUAGACCUGGAGCCGGAUGGGAUCCUUUGCAUGGGGAUACAUCCUGGCUGGGUUCGCACCGACAUGGGAGGCUCUGAGGCUCCCCUGAGUCCAGAGGAGAGCGUUGCCUCCGUCUUGUCUGUGAUUGGUGGGCUGACUGAAAAGGACCACGGGUCAUUUCUGAGCUUUACAGGAGAGCAGUUACCAUGGUGACCUGUUGUUCAGCACAUUAUUAAGCAGAAUAAGAUUAAACUUCAACCUGAUCCUAACGACCCUUUUAGUCAGUUAGGCCUGAUUCUAACUUUGGAGAAAUAAAUUUGUCCGUCAGAGUUUAAUAAGCAGCAUUGAAAGGUGUUCUUUUGGGCAUUGUAAAGCUUGUAAUACUUUAACUAUAUAUAUAUAUAUAUAACAUUUACUUUUCAGAAAACAAAGAUCUUUUCUCACAGGUGCAUUUAAUCAAAUGUACAAGUUAAUAUUUUAUAAAAUAACAUAAAAAGGAGAAACUUGUUUGAUUUAGUUUUCCUCAAAAAAGCUUUCAUUUCCUGUUGUUUCAGGAGUUUUAUCCUGAGGUUUUUCUGUCGUUCUCUCUGCCUUCCUGCUUGAUAUCUGACAGUUCUUUGUCAUUUUACCUGCUUUGUCAUCACUGAACUGGGGUUGCUAAUGAGCCUUAAAUAAAUAUAUGCAAAGCCUGGA